UUCCGGGUUCCGUUGUUUACUUUCUCCUCAGUGUGUGUGUGUAAGACAUUAAAAAACACCGCAAACAGCUUUUAAUUUAACAUUUUAUCUUUGUUUAUAAGGUCCGUAAUCGCUGUAAAUCAUCCUGCAGGGAGGGUUUAUGGCUCUUAUGGUUGCGCGCGUGUGUUUAAUGAGAGGAAAGUGCGCGCGCUGUUUCCGGUGUGCUGAUUGAUCCAACAGGAAGAAGUGCUGAGUAAUGAAGGGGAGAAAGAGUCGGGCUAAACGAGCUAAACACUCACACACACACAGUGCGGAGACACACAACAGCACACAGACUGCUGCAGGCAGACUGAACACACAGAUCUGCCGGUUGUGUCAUGGCCGGUUCUCAGCGAGAAAGCUGCGGCGGGCGUUCGGGUCACAGCCCGGCCCGGUCGCCUGGCCUUCAUCACCUGAACACUCGACCCGGCGCUUCUGUUCGGACUUUCAGCAGCUGCUGGGCGUGGCUGUGCGGCACGACUCAUCACUCUCUCCCUACGUCUGCUCCGACUGCCACGCCCAGUUCUACCAGUGUCACGGCAUCCUGCGGGCCUUCAGACACCGAGUCAACUUAACACCCUCACUCAACACCAACGCUGAGGGGUCCAGUUCAACAUGGACGCCGUUCACAGACGAGUCAGAUCAGUCCUCUCCGCCCAUCACCUCCGACCCCCACUGUUUGCUGCGGCUAGUGUCGUGGACUCAUGAGCACGCGGGGAGCUGCAGUUUCUCUCCUGGCCUGCAGGAGGUGCUGGAGGAGCAGUGUGGAGGCGUGGCCAAGGUGGUGUGGAGCUGCGGGGACGGACACUCCUACACCAUGGACACCGGCGUGUGGGAGAGACAAGGGGACGACACACACGCGCACAACCACCAGCCGAUCACAAGCAGGGAAGAAAACUCCGCCCACUCCCAUACGGAGCAGACGCGGAGCUCCGCCUACAGUCGCUUACACGCCAUGGAGACGGACGGAGCUCCGCGAGGAGACCAGCUCCCAUCACCUGCUCAGCGUGGAGAGGACAGCGACCUGUCGGACAGGAAUUUCUCCAGUGAGGAUGAGGAGGAGGUGAGGAAGAGCAGCGAGGAGGACGGCGCUCACACUCCUCCUGACACGAUACUGAGCCCUAACAAGAUGAAAAGUAAAGAUGUGAAGAACCUGCAGCCUAAAAAGAGGAAGAAGCCCGGACCCAAACCUGGCUGGAAGAAGAAGAUCAAAUCAGAGCGAGAGGAACUGCCCACCAUCUAUAAAUGUCCCCAUCAGGGCUGUACGGCAGUGUACAGAGGAGUGGACGGGAUGAAGAAGCAUGUGAAGGAGCACCACGGGGAGGUGAGGGAGCGGCCCUGUCCUCAUCCCGGCUGCAACAAAGUAUUCCUGAUCGACCGCUACCUGCAGAGACACGUCAAACUCAUACACACAGAGGUAAGGAACUACAUCUGUGAUCAGUGCGGUCGGACGUUUAAACAGAGGAAACACCUCUCUGUGCACCAGAUGAGACAUUCAGGAGCAAAACCGCUACAGUGUGAAGUGUGUGGGUUCCAGUGUCGUCAGAGAGCGUCUCUAAAGUAUCACAUGACCAAGCACAAGGCGGAGGCGGAGCUUGAAUUUGCGUGCAGCGUGUGUGAGCGGCGCUUCGAGAAAGCGCACAACCUGAAUGUCCACAUGAGCAUGGUGCACCCGCUGUUACAGGAACACAACACACACACGGCAGACACCGGCUGAGAGUGAACACACACACACACACACACACACGCAGACAGAUUUAUCAGUUACACAGUGUAUUACAGUGUUUAACACACACACACACAGUGACACUAAUCACACCGGCUGUGUUACAAAUCACUCAAAAGUCCCUACAUAGGGAGCUCGUUACAGCUCUGUGUGUGUGUGUUUUCUGAAGGUCCUCAUUAGAACACCUGUCAGGAGGAGUGUCCUACAUGUCUUUUAGAUAUACACACACACACACACGGUGGGCUGAGCAGUCACUCCCGCGCACACUCAACACACAUUAAGUGCACUUCACCGCAUCACUGUGUUUGUGUUCCGCUUCACUCUACAGAACACACUCCAGUCCGUUUACUUCCUGUUCCCGGUUGUGUCGAAUAGACUUCCCAGAGUUCCAUUGCGUGCCCAUGAUUACCCACAAUCCUCCUCCAUAGAGAGAGCUCAUCACACACACACACACCGACGUCUUCUAAUCAGUGCAAGUCAGCAGGUCAAAGGUCAUCAAUGGUCAACAGGGCCGCGAGUGCAGCUGCCACCUCGGGGUCGAGCUCCGUGCAGCCCGCCUCCAUCUGAGAUAGAAAGAGAGAGAAAAACUGUUUAUAACACACACACACACACACACACAC